AUGGGAACACCAACAAAGAAGAGGCCAUUCACCCUGGAAGUGGAUGACAGGAUGGACAAAGAGCGUGCUCAAAACAAAGGACAGGAAGCAAAGAACUGCGGUGCGUUUGCAUCUAAGAAUGACAUGAGCCCUAUGGACUCUGAAUAUCAAGAAGACCUAGAGGAGAUAACUUCAGACUUGAAGAUCAAAAUCAACAGAAAUUUCAUGAAGGGGGUGAGAGGAAUAACAGGUGAAGCUGCCCAAGACAAGGACAAAUUUGACAUGAGAAGGCUCUUCUCAGCAGUUUCUAGUGGAGAGGUUGCUCAGCUCGAGGGACUGGAGCAGUACCUGCGCCGGGCCAUGAAGCACCUGACUGACUCUGAAUAUCAGUCCAAGGGAAAGACUGCUUUACUCAAAGCUCUCUUAAAUCUGAAAGAAGGCAGAAAUGACACCGUGAAAUUGCUCCUUGAUAUUGCGGAGAAGAUGGGUGAUUUGGAGGAAUUUGUCAAUGCAGCGUAUACAGACAUGUAUUACAAAGGCCAGACAGCCCUUCAUGUAGCCAUUGAGAGAAGGAGUCAAUACUUUGUUGAGCUUCUGGUACAGAAAGGAGCUGAUGUCCACGCCAAAGCCUGUGGGAAGUUCUUCCAGCUGCAUGAUGGACCUUGCUUCUAUUUUGGAGAGCUGCCACUUUCCCUGGCAGCCUGCACCAACCAGAAAGACAUGGUUGACUUCCUGUUGGAAAACCAAUACCAGAAUGCAGAUGUACGGGAGGCAGACUCUCAGGGCAACAUAGUUCUCCACGCCCUGGUGAUGGUAGCAGAUAACAGCUCUGAAAACACAGAUAUUAUUAUUAAGAUGUAUGACCACAUCCUGACCAGAGCUGCCCAGCUUCACCCAAAAGUCAAACUGGAGGAGAUUGAGAACAAGCAGGGCCUCACUUCAAUUAAACUAGCAGCCAAGAAAGGCAAGAUUGAGCUGUUUAAACACAUUUUGCAUCGAGAGUUCCAGGAUAAGAAGACCAGACAUCUUUCCAGAAAGUUCACGGAGUGGGCCUAUGGGCCGGUUUAUUCCUCACUGUAUGACUUGUCAUCACUGGACUCCUAUGAAACAAAGUCUAUUCUGGAGAUAGUCGUUUAUGGUGAAAUCCCGAACCGUCUGGAGAUGCUUCAGGUGGAGCCUCUCAAUGGGCUGCUGGAGGAGAAGUGGAGGAGAUUUGCUCAUCCAAUAUUUCUCUUCAGAUUAAUGGUCUAUCUGAUAUAUCUCAGCAUUUUCUCCAUUGUGACCUAUUUCUGGAAACACGAAUCAACUGCACUGCCACCAUAUCCACUGGAGAAAACACUACACGGUCACUUACUUCUGUCAGGACAAGUCAUACUUCUCUUGGGUUCUGUGUACUUCUUUUUUAAACAGUUAUCAGAUUUGAGAAGAAAACAACCGACUAUUGAAAGUUUCCCAGUAGAUGGCUUCUGUGACCUUCUUUUUUUCAUCCAGGCAGUGCUCUUCCUGGUCUCUGUGGUGCUCUACUUCUGUAGUAGGAGGGAAUACCUUGGGUGCAUGGUGUUGUGUCUUGCUCUCAGCUGGGUCAACUUACUCUACUACUUCAGAGGGUCCAAGAACAUGGGUAUCUACAGCGUCAUGAUGCAGAAGAUGAUUCUUGGGGACAUUUUGCAUUUCUUUGUGGUCUACAUGGUUUUCCUGUUUGGAUUUUCAGCAGCGGUAUUCACUCUAUUGGAUAAACCAAUAAACCAAACAUUAUUGGAGUCCAAAAAUACAAAAGGCAUUGAUCGUACUUGCAAAAAAACAGCUCGACAAAACCUCACUGCCACCGCUCUGGAGCUGUUCAAGUUCACCAUUGGCAUGGGGGACCUGGAGUUCACUGAGCAGUACCGCUACAAGGAGGUGUUCUAUGUGCUGCUCAUCUCCUAUAUCGUCCUCACCUACAUCUUACUCCUCAACAUGCUCAUCGCCCUCAUGAGCAAAACUGUGCAGAGGACCUCUGAGGAAAGCGCAAACAUCUGGACACUACAACGAGCCAUUACCAUCCUGGAUAUAGAAAGACAUCUACCAUGGUGUUUGAAGUGCAGACUUCGCUCUGGAGUGGAGAAAAACCUGGGCACGGAGAAUGUUGAGGAACGCCGCUGGUGCUUCAGAGUUCAGGAAGUAAACUGGAGCAAGUGGAACGCCGACAUGGGGAUAAUCAAUGAGGAUCCUGGGAACCUAGAAUUCUGGAGACCAAGGAGAGGUGUCCUGAGGGACAUCACUCCCCGUUGGCCUCAUCAACAAAGAGAACAAAGAGAAGAGUUGAGCCCUCAGCCACGCAGCCAUGUAUAAUUGAACAACUCUCAGCCAUGUUUAAUUGAACAACUGUCUCAGCUCACCAGCCAGCAGCUGUCACUCUUUAUCACUUAUGAAUUGAUUGUGAUAUGUGGGACGGUGGUAGCGUAUUGGCUAAGGAGCUGGACUAGCAUGCAGUAGCCUGAAAAGUUGUAAGUUCAAUAUCUGGUUUUCACAGUUCUGCCCUUGUACUAUAAUUGGCAUGUGUAAGGUGCUUUGGAUAAAAGCGCUUGAUAAAUGUAUAAAUCUAAAUGUGAAACUAUAAUAGUGUUUAAUCCGGAUAAGGCAUGUCUGACGUGACAGGUCAACUGACAUCCAUCUACAGUAUAGAGGCUUUCAUGAUAUAGUAUGUCAACUUAACUGAAGUCUUCUUUCUUGAUAGGCUGCUUCCAUAUGGAUCUUAAAAGU